AUGGAGCCAAAAAUUCACGUUGCACCGGCUCGCUCGUCGUUUUUGGCGGAGCUGGAUGAGUUUCGAGUGUCGGGGUUGCAGCCGAUGAACAUGUACAGGGUUGAAUUAACCCUCGUCCACAAGACGAAAUUCAUCGCCAAUGCCUUCUUUAUCACGGGGGAAACUGGGGAGAUCGAUCUGGCAAAACAAGCCCCGCUCUUUGGGUUUUAUAAAGGCGCCGAUAAAAUGGGGCUAUUCACCGCUCUCUAUCAAGAUCCUCGAGAACGUUUUGGCUCAAAAUUGAACCUCACUCCCGUGCCGGACAGCUUGACCUACAAGAUCUCUGUCCAUUUUAUGGAAGAGCCUCUAGCUCGUGCUGAGGUAGAAAUUGAGCGUGUUGUCAAAGCGGGAUCCGUGGUUAGGGAAGAAUUGGAGCACGAGAAGCUGGUGGGGACUGUUUUCUACCCAAAAGAACAUGACUCCAAACUCCGCGCCAUCUUGGACCUAUCUGGGGUUGGAGGGCAAAAAGAGCAUCGAGCAGCAUUUCUGGCCGAACAAGGAUAUUACGUGCUCUCCUUAGCAUUGUAUGGAAAAAGUGAAAAACUGCCGACGACGCACGAGACGGUGGAGACGGAGUAUAUUUUGGCCGCUAUCGACUACAUCACCAGCCUACCUCAAACCACCGAUCAAGUCGUGUUGAUCGGCACCUCGCUAGGUGGUACUUGGUCUUAUCAUGCUGCGACCAGAUCCGAAAAGGUAAAAGCUGCCGUCAGCAUCAACGGCCAAGGAGGUUAUUACUUCGUUUCACAAAUCAGGGAAAAUGGCAAGAAAUUACCCUGGGUGCAGCUUACACCCACUGCCAUGAGCCAGGUCGAGAUCGAAAACGGCUGCGUUUCCUACGCAAAAAUGUAUGGUGCCUGCAAAGCCGAGGAAAAGCACCAGAUCCCUAUCGAGAAGCUGAAGACACAUCAGAAUUUGCUCUACAUUGCCAGCGAAUGGGACAAAGCCAUCCCGGCUGUGCAGCAAUUGAAUUGGAUGGAGGAGCGGAUGAAGAAGGCCAAGAAGGAAGCGCAAUUUAGCCAUGACACCGCCAAAAAGGGCUGCCACAUGCUGGAUGUUCCGUUUAUGCCGAUUUGCGACGUUACCUACGUGGCCGGCAAAUUCCUGCUGUUUGGCGGUGACCCGUACGUGUCCGGAUGUGAACAGCGGCGAAUUUGGCCGAAGAUUCUUGAUUUUAUCCGCCAGAAUUUCGAAGAAGCACAU